GGGCUCGGAGGCUGUUGCUGUGGCACAUCUACCUUCCCGAGGCCAUGGCGGUCUGUGCUCGGCCCGCGCGGGCCCCGCGGGGCUCAGACAAAGUAAAGAAAGACAAGGCUGCACAGACUUCAGGGCCCCGUCAGGGCAGCCGAAUGGGGAAACUGUUGGGUUUUGAGUGGACAGAUGUGUCCAGCUGGGAGAGGUUGGUGACCCUGCUAAAUAGACCCACGGAUCCUGCAAGCCUGGCAGUCUUCCGUUUUCUCUUCGGGCUGAUGAUGGUGCUGGACAUUCCCCAGGAGCGGGGUCUCAGCUCCCUGGACCGAAGAUACCUAGAUGGCCUGGAGGUGUGUCGCUUCCCCUUGCUGGAUGCCCUGCAGCCACUGCCACUUGACUGGAUGUAUCUGGUCUACACCAUCAUGUUUCUGGGGGCACUGGGCAUGAUGCUGGGCCUGUGCUACCGGAUAAGCUGUGUGUUAUUCCUGCUGCCAUACUGGUAUGUGUUUCUCCUGGACAAGACGUCGUGGAACAACCACUCCUAUCUGUAUGGCUUGUUGGCCUUUCAGCUGACAUUUGUGGAUGCACACCACUACUGGUCUGUGGAUGGCCUGCUGAGUGCCCGGAAGCGGAAUGCCCAUGUGCCCCUUUGGAACUAUGCUGUGUUGCGUGGCCAGAUCUUCAUCGUGUACUUCAUUGCGGGCAUAAAGAAGCUGGACGCAGACUGGGUGGAAGGCUACUCUAUGGAAUACCUGUCGCGGCACUGGCUCUUCAGCCCUUUCAAACUUGUGUUGUCCGAGGAGAUGACGAGUCUACUGGUGGUGCACUGGUGUGGAUUGCUGCUCGACCUCUCAGCCGGUUUCCUGCUCUUCUUUGAUGCCUCAAGACCCAUCGGCUUCGUCUUUGUGUCCUACUUCCACUGCAUGAAUUCCCAGCUUUUCAGCAUUGGCAUGUUCCCCUAUGUCAUGCUGGCCAGCAGCCCUCUCUUCUGCUCUCCUGAGUGGCCUCGGAAGCUGGUAGCUCACUGCCCGAAAAAGCUGCAAGAACUGCUGCCCCUCAAGACCGCCCCUCAGCCCAGCACUUCCUGCAUGUAUAAGAGGAGCCGAGCCAGAGGCAGUCAGAAGCCAGGGCUGCGCCACCAGCUGAGCACUGCCUUCACCCUGCUCUACCUCCUGGAGCAGCUCUUCUUGCCCUAUUCCCACUUCCUCACCCAGGGGUACAACAACUGGACCAACGGGCUAUACGGCUACUCCUGGGACAUGAUGGUGCACUCCCGCUCCCACCAGCACGUGAAGAUCACCUACCGUGAUGGCCGCACCGGCGAGCUGGGCUACCUCAACCCUGGGGUAUUCACACAGAGCCGGCGUUGGAAGGACCAUGCAGACAUGCUGAAGCAAUAUGCCACUUGCCUGAGCCGCCUGCUGCCCAAGUACAAUGUCACUGAGCCCCAGAUCUACUUUGAUAUUUGGGUCUCCAUCAAUGACCGCUUCCAGCAGAGGAUUUUUGACCCUCGUGUGGACAUCGUGCAGGCUGCCUGGUCCCCCUUCCGGCGUACACCUUGGCUGCAGCCACUGCUGAUGGACCUGUCUCCCUGGAGAACUAAACUACAGGAGAUCAAGAGCAGCCUGGACAACCACACCGAAGUGGUCUUCAUUGCAGAUUUCCCUGGGCUGCACCUGGAGAACUUCGUGAGUGAAGACCUGGGCAACACUAGCAUCCAGCUGCUGCAGGGGGAGGUGACCGUGGAGCUGGUGGCAGAACAGAAGAACCAGACUCUUCAGGAGGGAGAAAAAAUGCAGUUGCCUGCUGGCGAGUACCAUAAGGUGUACACAGUGUCGUCCAGCCCUUCCUGCUACAUGUACAUCUACGUCAACACUACAGAGGUUGCACUGGAGCAAGACCUGGCGUAUCUGCAAGAAUUGAAGGAGAAGGUGGAGAAUGGAAGUGAAACAGGGCCUCUGCCUCCAGAGCUGCAACCUCUGCUUGAAGGGGAAGUCAAAGGCGGCCCUGAGCCAACACCACUUGUCCAGACCUUCCUUAGACGCCAGCAAAGGCUCCAGGAGAUUGAACGCCGGCGAAAUGCCCCUUUCCACGAGCGACUUGUCCGCUUCUUGCUGCGAAAGCUCUAUAUCUUUCGCCGCAGCUUUCUCAUGACUUGUAUCUCACUUCGAAAUCUGGCAUUAGGCCGCCCUUCCCUGGAGCAGCUGGCCCAAGAGGUGACUUAUGCCAACUUGCGACCCUUUGAGCCAGUGGGAGAGCCGAGUCCUGUAAACACAGAUUCUUCAAAUUCUAACCCCCCUGAGCUGGAUUCUGGCCCUGUCCACUCAGAGUUCUGAAGGAGGCCAGAUGUGGAGUACAGAUGUGGCAGCAGCCAGUCACAGGACCGUUACCUAGGCAGUGGACAUGUGAAAAAACUUCAGAUUUUUUGUUUUUCCUCCAUAUCCACGGCUGUAAUAAAUUCCGAGAGGAUAGAUUAGAGGGACAAGGAAAUAAAGCAAGGAUAAGAUUUAUGAAUUCCAAGGUUGAAGGGCUUGGGCAGUGGGGCUAAAAAACAAUGUGAAGAUGUCUUUCAAGGGGUAAGAAUAAGGUUUAAAGUGACUUGCUCCUUGCCAAAAGAGAGUUAAUGUUCCAUGAAAAUAAUAGCUGCUGUUAAGUGCUUGCCAUAUACAGGCACUAUGUGAAGCCCUGUGCCAGCAUUAUUACACUUAUGCCUUAAGAGCCAUAAGCCCUAUUUUGUGGUUGGGGAAACUGAGGCUGAGGGAUAGUAUAAUUCACUCAAAGACGUAUACCUAAUAAGGGAUAGACUGACUGAUGGUCCGAACCUCAAGUCUUAAGGUCCUGCACUCUGCCUCUUAAAAUUUUCAGAAUCACUGACAGUAAUUUUGAAAUAACGUAGCUUAAAACUUGUCUGGUUAUAAAGUGUGAUUAGGAUGUGAUCAGGUUUUAGAUGCAGGGCAAUUUUCUCUUCACUGCGAUUUUGAUUCUUUUUUUUAUUCCUAUUGUUUAUACAGCCAGUUUUUCACUAGGGGUUAUGAGCAUAGAAUAGCAGAAAGUUAAACUGAUAACAGAAUUUAGAUGAUUAAUAGUGGUAUAUAUCUAAAAAAUAAGCUGAGUAUUUAGCAUUAUUCUAGCUUUCAAUGAGCAGGAGGUGAUGUAAAGUGAGAUUUAACCAAAUGUAAUGAAAUCAGGGGAUGUUUACAGUCAUGAUAUAUAAGGUUUGGAUGUGAUUCAGGAAGAUCCUCAAUUCUGUGAAAAUUCAAAGGCCUGGCACUGGGCUAGGAAGUCAGAAUGCAUAAUUAGCAGUAGAAACAAACAAAAAUAAAACAGGCCCUGUUUGGGAACCCUGUGUGGAGGCAGAGACCAGCGGCAGCAGGCUGGCAAUCCCAGUUACUUUGAUAAAGGAUCGCAUUUGUUUUCAGUCUUCUUUUCCCAUGCUCCACUCCAUCCAAUCGCAGGGUUCUUUCCUAGGUGGCUGCCUUUUCACCAUACACACUUGGGAUGAUUAUGUCUACUCCAUGGUUUCCAGGGAUGCCGCUGCUUAAUUUCUUUGCUGUGCUCUAGACCUGUUUAUCUAGCUCCACCUGGCUAUCCCAGUUUUUAACUGUCAUAACAGAAGAUGCGUUCAUCCACGACUCAGACCUGCUUUAUUACCAAAUGGCAGCUGUUUUUUUUUUAUUCUUCCAUUUUCCUUCCAUUUCUUAAGAUUUCAAGGCCCAUCAGUUCUACCUCUUACUUUUUGGAUCUGUUGAAUUCAUCUCUCCUACUUCUGUCCAUUCAGCCUUUAUACUGGAAUCCAGUGAAACAGAUCAGAGCAGGGCUGCCAGGGAGUUGUGCAGAUUGGGCCCAAGUGCACUCAAGUGAUCCAUGUGGAGCCUGGCAGUAAGUUCCUGUGAUUCACACAAGGCAUUUUGUGGGUUAGAGAUGGCUGUCGCACAGGGCACUUUGCUAAGAACCAUGCAUGGGAACACUGGUUUUCAGUCUUUCUGCAGAUCCCCUGUGACACGAUAUACCUUGGCACUGUGUCCUUCCCCAUAACUGCUGCCCCACCCUCCUUUUUACUUGGUGGAAAUAAAAGUAGUUCUUCAUUUUGGAAGGGAA